AUGUUAAACCCCGUGUUUCUUGAGGCUCCCCAUGGAAAAGCUUGGGAGGUUGAAGUGGAAAAUUCUCAAGGCCAAAUUUGGCUAGCCAAGGGAUGGAGUGAUUUUUGUGACUAUUACUCAAUAAGCAUCAAGAGCGUAUUAAUGUUCACGUACAACCCGCGUUGUCAGUUUUCUGUCGCUAUAUAUGAUCAGAGUAAAACAGAAAUUGAAUAUCCAAUAGAUCAAGAUAUUGAAUCAGAUGAACAAGAGGAAGAUAUUCUAUUUGCCCAAGCUAAUGCUAAUAUCAUCGAAGAAGAUAUUCUAAUUCUCCAAUCUAAUGCUAAUGUAAUCGAAGAAGAUAUUCCAAUUCUCCAAUCUAACACUAAUGAAAUCGAGGAUGAAGAGGAACAUAUUCCUGUUAAUUGCCCUCAAACUAAUGCUAAUCUAAUUGAGCAACGUAAGUAA